AUGGUUGUGAAGUGUUGAGGUGAGGCCCCCCCGGAGAGGCUUGGACACCGGAGACCGGACAUCCAGCGAGUCCAUCACAGGAGGUGAACGAUGGCCGAGGAUGGGGGGAAUAUCUCCAGGAUCCCCGACGCCAGGGGCUCGGAGGCUCGCUCCUCUCUCCCGAGGACUUUCAUCCGGCUCAACGACCUGUCCGGCGCCGGAGGAGCGAGGGAGCGCUGCGAGGCGGUGGCGGAGACCCCGGCGUCCCUGGCGGCCGACGGGGUCUCCACCACCGGGGAGGAGGCGUCGGCGUGCGGCGACAGCAGCCUGCCCUUCCCCGCCAUGGCCCCCGUGGUCUUCUUCUACAUGAAACAAACCACGAGGCCCCGCAGCUGGUGCCUCAAGAUGGUCUGCAGCCCGUGGUUCGAGCGAGUGUCCAUGUUGGUGAUCCUGCUGAACUGCGUGACACUGGGCAUGUUUCAUCCCUGCGAGGACAUCGUCUGCGAGAGGUGCAAGAUCCUGGAGACAUUCGAUGACUUCAUCUUCGCAUUCUUUGCCGUUGAGAUGGUCAUCAAGAUGGUGGCUCUGGGGAUUUUUGGCAAGAAGUGUUACCUCGGAGACAUGUGGAACCGUUUGGACUUCUUCAUAGUGUUGGCUGGGAUUCUGGACUACUCGCUAAACCUGCAGAAAGUCAGUUUUUCAGCGGUGAGGACGGUUCGCGUUCUGAGACCUUUGAGAGCCAUCAACCGAGUACCAAGUAUGCGUAUCCUGGUGACCCUGCUGCUGGACACCCUGCCCAUGCUGGGCAAUGUGCUGCUGCUAUGCUUCUUCGUCUUCUUCAUCUUCGGCAUCGUGGGCGUCCAGCUGUGGUCCGGCCUGCUCAGAAACCGCUGCUUCCUCGGCAACUUCUCCAUGUGAAAAUACUACCAAACCAAAUACGACGACGAGGACCCCUUCAUCUGCUCCGUGCCGGGAGGUCACAGCAUGAGGUACUGCAGCUCGAUUAAGAUGUACGAGGAAGGAGGCCUGCAGUGCACCCUGGGCUUAGAAUUUUACAACAGCACCGACAACACCUCCUGCGUCAACUGGAACCAGUACUACAACAACUGCACCGCUGGUCAGGUCAACCCCUUCAAGGGAGCUAUCAACUUCGACAACAUCUGCUACGCGUGGAUUGCCAUCUUUCAGGUGAUCACUCUGGAGGGCUGGGUGGACAUCAUGUACUUUGUGAUGGAUGCUCACUCCUUCUACAACUUCAUCUACUUCAUCCUACUCAUCAUCAUUGGCUCAUUCUUCAUGAUCAACCUGUGCCUGGUGGUCAUCGCUACGCAGUUCUCCGAGACCAAGCAGAGGGAGAGCCAGCUGAUGAAGGAGCAACGGGAGCGCUUCUUGUCCAACGCCAGCACCCUGGACUCCCGCUCCGAGCCGGGCUCCCGCUCCCGUUCUGAGCCGGGCUCCUGCUACGAGGAGCUGCUCAAGUACCUGGUCCACAUCGUCAGCGAGGGGGCCAGACAAGUGGCCCGUGGCUACAGGCUGUUGGCUCGCCGUGCCGGGCUCAAUAUUGCCGCCUUGUCCCCGGCCAAGGAGCCCAAACGCAGCCAGAGAAGGAGAAGGAAGUCCUCCAGGCAGGGUUCUGUGACUGUUCAUCAAAUGGCGCACCACCACCACCACCACCAUCACCACUUCCACCUUGAUAAUGGCAGCUUGAGGGGUGGAGGGGGCAUACGGUGUGUGGAGGGUCAGGAUUUUGAGGCUGGAGCUCAUAACAACAACGGAGGGGCCCAUGUAGCAACCACCGGCGCUGGGCAUCUGGCUUUGGCUCCACCGACUUCAAUGACAGCAGCCACCUCGGAUUCAAACCUGCCAACUUUGUCCAAACUAUGUGCGGGAGCUGCCAAUGCAUCUUCAGUUCGCAGCUUAUUCCAAACAGAAACUCUCCGCUGCACACCCUCGCCCACAAACCUGGGGCCGACCCCGGGCCCCUCCUCCCUUGCCCCAGCUCCCAUUGCUAGGGCAAUGAAGAGGAACUCUGUACCUUUUGCUGCUCCAGGGCCUAAGAACUACCCCACUCUGCAGGCUCGAGCCCUGGCGGAGUCCAGACGAGGGAGUGCUGCCGCCAGCACUCUGACUAACAUGAGCUUCAACCUGAACAUCCCACCCAUGUACCUGGAGAGACGCCCAUCAAGCUUGGUUGACACACACGCUCCUGCAGCCCAGCUCUCCUGCCAGCUGUCGGCUCGUGACCUCAGCACCACCAGCAGUGCCAUGGACACAGCCGCUAUGACACUGGACCCCGAGAGUUGCCCCUACUGCGCCAAGGCCCUGGCCAACGAGUCAGAGGGCAACGAGACCCCCGGGGACUCAGACAGCGAGGGCAUAUACGAGUUCACCGGCCGGCAGCCCAGGAAGCAGCAAUGCAGUCUGGGCAAAACGAAGGUGGUGCACUUCUGGAGGCUGGUGUACAACACAUUCAAGAAGAUCGUGGACAGCGAGUAUUUCGGACGAGGGAUUAUGAUCGCCAUUCUGAUCAAUACUCUGAGCAUGGGGAUCGAGUACCACGAGCAGCCCGAGGAGUUAACCAAUGCGUUGGAGAUCAGCAACAUUGUGUUCACCAGCCUGUUCGCUCUGGAGAUGCUGCUAAAGAUCUUGGUCAACGGGCCCUUCGGCUACAUCAAGAACCCCUACAAUAUCUUCGAUGGCAUCAUCGUGGUCAUCAGUGUGUGGGAGAUUGUGGAUCAGAAGGAUGGCGGUCUGUCGGUGCUGAGAACCUUCCGGCUGAUGCGGGUGCUGAAGCUGGUCCGUUUCAUGCCAACCCUGCAGAGGCAGCUGGUGGUGCUGAUGAAGACCAUGGACAACGUGGCCACCUUCUGCAUGCUGCUCAUGCUCUUUAUAUUUAUCUUCAGUAUACUGGGGAUGCAUCUCUUUGGUUGCAAGUUUGGAUCCGAGGGGCAGAAUGGAGACACCAUGCCGGACAGGAAGAACUUUGACUCCCUCCUCUGGGCCAUAGUGACCGUCUUCCAGAUCCUGACCCAGGAGGACUGGAACAAGGUGUUGUACAACGGCAUGUACUCCACCACUCCUGCAGCCGCCCUCUACUUCAUCGCGCUCAUGACCUUUGGAAACUACGUCCUCUUCAACCUGCUGGUGGCCAUCUUGGUCGAGGGUUUCCAGACCGAGGAAGUAACCAAGCGGGAGGACUUGCAUGCCCAGCCGAGCCUAAUUCAGCUGCCCGUAGACUCAGGGGGCGAUGCCUCUAAAUCGGGCUCGGAGAUCGAUUCCUGUGCACGAAGCAUGGAGGACGUCAACGGCAGCAAGAAGGAUUUAUCAGUCUCUGCAGUAGUGCCUGGAAAUGGUCAUGUGGACCUGAAGACCAGUCUGACUCCACCUCUGAUAACCCACACUGCUGCCACCCCCAUGCCAGUACCCAAGUUGCCCGUUGGAGGGGACCCCAUCCUGACCCAUCGAGGCAGCAGCGUCUCCAUGGACCCGGCCUGCUAUGACAAAUCACCGACCAGCGCCCAGAGCGGCUGGACCAGCCGACGGUCCAGCUGGAACAGCCUGGGUCGCGCCCCGUCACUUAAACGGCAGAAGCGGCAGUCUGGGGAGCAACGGUCUCUCCUCUCCGGGGAGGGCGGCUCCAGCUCGGACGAAGGUGGAGGAGAAGGAGGCGGUCGGUUGAUGGAGGAUGAUGACGCCUCACUUGUCAGGACGGACUCAAUGUCCCAGUCCCAGAGAGGUCCCCUACACCGGAGAAUGGAGUCUAUGGAGACUCGGAGCUCCAUGGAUUUGCCCCCUGAUGCUCUGCUUCAGGUGCCCUACUUGAACCGCUCAGCCAGUAUGCACAGCUCCAGACCCCCCUCACUGGGCCAGUUACAUCCCCCAGAGCACAGCGGGUGCAAUGGGAAGGGCUCUCCAUCAGCCCUGGGCCCCACUCAUGUCUCUCUGGAGGACAACACAGAAGACGAAAAUGCAGAGGAGGAGGCCAACCUGGGUCGUUUUGCCAGAGUGUUCCGCUGGCUGGAGAAGAAACAGCCGGAGUGUUGUCGACAGAGGGACACCUGGUCACUCUACCUCUUCCCUCCAGAAUCGAGGUUUCGGAUCCUGUGCAAUAGGAUCACCAGCCACAAGAUGUUUGACCAUAUUGUGUUAGUCAUCAUCUUCCUCAACUGCAUCACUAUCGCCAUGGAGAGGCCUCGCAUCACCACUGCUAGCGCCGAGCGGAUCUUCCUAAAGUUGACCAACUACAUCUUUACGGCGAUCUUCGUGGCUGAGAUGGCUAUUAAGAUCGUGGCUUUGGGUUGGUGUUUCGGGAACAAGUCCUACCUGAGGAGCAGCUGGAACAUUCUGGAUGGGAUGCUGGUGUUGAUCUCUGUCAUCGACAUCCUGGUGUCUCUCAUCUCCAAUUCUGGCACCAAGAUCCUGGGCAUGCUCCGAGUGCUGCGGCUGCUGAGGACCCUGAGGCCGCUGCGUGUGAUCAGCAGAGCCCCGGGGCUGAAGCUGGUGGUGGAGACUCUGAUGUCGUCACUGAAGCCCAUCGGCAACAUCGUGGUCAUCUGCUGCGCCUUCUUCAUUAUCUUUGGCAUCCUGGGAGUACAGCUCUUCAAAGGGAAGUUCUUUGUUUGUGUAGGAGAUGAUAUAGUGAACAUCGCCAACAAGUCAGAAUGUCUGGAGAGAAAAAACAAAUGGGAGAGACACAAGUACAACUUUGACAACCUGGGACAGGCCUUGAUGUCUCUGUUUGUUCUGGCGUCAAAAGAUGGCUGGGUGGACAUUAUGUAUAACGGACUAGACGCUGUAGGAGUUGACCAACAGCCUAGAAUGAACUACAACCUGUGGAUGCUGCUCUACUUCAUCUCCUUCCUGCUGAUCGUGUCCUUCUUUGUGCUCAACAUGUUCGUGGGCGUCGUGGUGGAGAACUUCCACAAGUGCCGGCGCCACCAGGAGGCGGCGGAGGCCAAGCGCAGAGAGGAAAAGAAACAGAAACGCAUGGAGAAAAAGAGUCGGAAUUUAUUGGUUCCGGGGGUGAGUUGGGCCCUCUCUGAAGGCACAUUGAAAGAAGCUCAGAAAAAGCCCUACUACUCAGAUUACUUCCCCACUCGCCUGCUCAUCCACAAGAUGUGCACCAGCCAAUACCUGGACCUGUUCAUCACCAUCAUCAUAGGGCUCAACGUCAUCACCAUGUCCAUGGAGCACUACCAGCAGCCCAAGGAGUUGAAAAAGGCAUUGAGAAUUUGUAACUACAUCUUCACCAUCAUCUUCGUCCUGGAGUCUCUCUUCAAGUUGGUGGCCUUCGGCUUACGACGCUUCUUCAAGGACAAGUGGAACCAGCUGGAUCUGGCCAUCGUGCUGCUGUCCAUCAUGGGCAUCAUUCUGGAGGAGAUUGAUGGUAACAUACUGCCCAUCAACCCCACCAUCAUUCGCAUCAUGAGAGUGCUGAGGAUCGCACGAGUUUUGAAGCUCUUGAAGAUGGCGGUGGGGAUGAGAGCUUUACUGGACACCGUUAUGCAAGCCCUGCCUCAGGUGGGGAAUCUGGGUCUUCUCUUCAUGCUCCUCUUCUUUAUUUUUGCGGCGCUGGGGGUGGAGCUUUUUGGUGACUUGAUCUGUGAUGAACAACAAAAUCAGUGUGACGGUCUGGGGCGCUACGCGACGUUCAAAAACUUUGGGAUGGCAUUUCUGCUGCUCUUCAGAGUUUCCACUGGAGACAACUGGAACGGCAUAAUGAAGGACACACUGAGGAACUGCGGCCAGAACAGCACUUGCUACAACACCGUGGUCUCUCCCAUCUACUUCGUCUCCUUCGUCCUGACCGCUCAGUUUGUCCUGGUCAACGUCGUCAUCGCCGUCCUGAUGAAGCACCUGGAGGAGAGCAACAAGGAAGCCAAGGAGGAGGAGGCGGAGAGGGCGGAGGCGGAGAGGGUGGAGAAGCGCCAGAUUCAAGCGGGAAACAUGACAGCGAGGUCACCCCAGCUCAAUCCUCUGGCACUGGGCAUGGACAGGUCGAGCUCCGGGGGUUCCCCCUCCAGGUCCACCGGUGGAGGGGACGGGGACCAGGAGAGAGACGGUCCUAUGGACUCGCCCACCGCUGAUAUAACCAGAGACUCUGUAAACAUCACAGAAGACCCCCCUUCAUGCCUGGAGCCCCCGCUGGAGUUUGUCGAGCGGAGAGCGCAGUUUGACUCGGUCUCCCUGAUGGACAACCCGUCUGGCUCUAUCUGCCACUACUACGCUCUGCCCCCCAAGCCCCGCAGGCACAGCAGCGACAAGAAGCCAGAGCAGCUCGAUUCUGGGGAGCCACUGGAGGAAAACCUGCUGAGUGUCAGGAAGCCUGUGGUGGGACGCACACACUCCCUGCCCAACGACAGCUACAUGUUCCUCCCCCUGCAGCCCGUUGGCAACGCGGCCCCGGCUCCAGCACAUCUUCUAGCACAGACACAGGGGCCCCAGCACAUACUGGGCACCCACAGGGGCCAAUCAGGUUCCAGCAGCUCAGUGCGUUCACAGCCGGAGGAGCGUUCCCAGCAGCUGACCGUCAGCCCCCACAGCCACUCCGACUCGGAGAGCAUACCGCGACACACACUCAGCCGAACGCUCCGCAGACAGGUUGCAGUGUCCACUGAUUCUCAGGAGGCCCUGUGUUUGGACGGAAGGGAGAGCAUUGAAGGACUUGUGAAUGUGGCCUCCCUGGGCCUCCCUCCAUCCCCCUCCACCUCCCGCUCACCUUGCUCCCAUCAUUAUCAGCAGCCCGCUCUCUGCCUGGUACCUGCCACACCCGGCGCCUCCCCUAAACCCUCACGCCCCAGCAGCGUGCACACCCAGCUCCAUGACCAGCACUGCCUCGCCUCCUACUCCCCCUCUCCCCACCCGCCUCCCCCGCUCUUACCAGCCAGGCCGCACCAACAGGAGGGGGCCUCGGUGGAUCAGGAAGUGUCCCUCAUUACCAAUGUAGUGUUGGCUGGCGGCGAUGACGUCACAGCGGGGGCCAGAGGCGAUGGAGGUACUGAGGCUUACAGCAGCUACGCCGGCUGCCAGGAGAGCCGGAGUCCGAGCCUCAGGCAGCUGAAGAGGUUCCACAGCGCUGACACGCAGGGCCGCGGCGCCCCCCUGUACCGCCCCCGCCCUUACUCCUGGCUGGACGACCCGCGAUGCCAGUCCGUGGAGGCGUGCUCCUUGGUGGAGUCCAGCACCACGUCCACCUCCUCCAGCUUCGUGUCGCGGGCCAACAGCCUGCAGAUCCACAGCCAGAUCCCCCAGACCUCGCUGCCCUCACCCCGACACAAGAAGAAGAUGAGUCCGCCCUGCAUCUCUGUGGACCCCCCGGACGGACAGGAGGGCCUCUACCCGGGCCUCGUCGGACUCGGGGGCAUGGGGCUGGGGGGGUUAGGGAUGCCCCCUCCUCUGCCCAGCAGGGACACCUGCCUGAGGAGGAGAGCGCCCUCUAGUGACUCCAAGGACUCCUUUGACCUGGGAGUUGGAGAGGGUUCGGUACAGGACGGAAGCUCGCCAAGCCCAAACACCAACCCCAAGCUACUGACUCUUCCCAGAGAAGACAAGCCCUGAGCGCUGAACACUGAUACGACAACACACAGUCACACAGACACAGACACACACACACACACACACACACACACACACACGCACACAGCAGGACGAACCCUUCCCACACACAAACACACGAUGCACACUGUGUAUCUGUGAUGGUGAUAGUUCUAGUAAUAAUGCUGUAGAGAGUAAUAAAGGUAAAACUACAACAAACAGUAAAAACAUCCUUGGUUUCAUAAGGAGUGCAGUACUGUAGUAGUGUGACCAUCCCUUGUCUUUGUAUUGUUACUGCCAAAAGAACCAGAGAAGAAGAGAACACAGGAAACAACCACACAAACAUGACUGUUUCUCUUCUGCUACGUCUGCAUGCCACUGGCUGCAGCUUGACCCCAUAACCUCUGGAGUGACAUCAGCCCCUGGGAUUCGGCGCCCUCUGUGGUCGCCAUCUGAACUGCCUGUUGUCACACAGGGUGGGCUUUGCCCGGUCAGUAGAGGUACAAAGCAAUAUGAACGUUUUAGAGACACUAUUUUCUUAAAUUAUUGGGCCAUAGUGUUUGUACAGGAUGUUGUUUUUUUAUUUUCAUUCAAUUGUUUUUUCCAUGUCUUUUUUUGUGAUUUUCUUUAUUUAUUUGUCAAAAUGGUUUGUCUUUGUCCUUUUUUUUUCACUGUAGGAUGUUUCUAGCUUUCUUGGUUUACUGAGGAAAGUGAACGUUUUUCAAAGUGCUGAAAACCAUGUAUUUGUAGGAAUAAUAUAUAAAUAUAUAUAUAUAAAUAUAUAUAUAUAAAAAAAAAGUCAUUAAACUGAGUUUGG